UGCUUGUUUGUUCCAAGUGGUUAGUAUAGACAAAACAAGCUAACUCACUUAUCCUCCCACCACUUCCUCCUUUCCUUCCUUCACCAAACUCUCUCUCUCUCUCUCUCUCUCUCUCUCUCUCUCUCUUCCUUAUUCACUACACACAAGAGAUGGGAGGAAAUUCGCCUUGCGCUUCCUGCAAGUUGUUGAGACGUCGCUGUGCCAAGGACUGCAUCUUUGCCCCCUACUUCCCUUCCGAUGACCCCCAUAAGUUCGCCAUUGUUCACAAGGUCUUUGGCGCUAGCAACGUUAGCAAAAUGCUACAGGAGCUUCCAAUUCAUCAAAGAGCGGAUGCAGUGAGCAGCCUGGUAUAUGAAGCGAAUGCGAGAGUGCGAGAUCCUGUUUAUGGAUGCGUUGGGGCAAUCUCCUACUUACAGAACCAAGUCUCUCAAUUGCAGAUGCAGCUCGCAGUGGCUCAAGCAGAGAUCCUUUGCAUCCAGAUGCAACAAGAGCCUGCUUUACCUACUCACCAGAUCGACUCCGAUGACAAAUCACUUCUUCUUCACAGUAACCUCAACAACCUUCCGCAGUAUCUUAACUUUGCCUCUACAAGCAAUGUAAUUCAAGACCCUCUCAAGAGAGAGUCUCUUUGGACUUGAUUAUAGUUUCCCUAAUGAAAUGGUGCAAUUAAUGUCGUCUUUA